AUGGAGUCCAUUUAUCCAACUAUCAGAGAUUAUCUUAGUAAUGAUGGUUUUGAGAAGUGGUCUCAAGCAUAUUCACAUAGACGUAGGUAUAGAAUGAUGACAUCAAAUUAUGCAAAAAGUAUAGAUUUAGUGUUUAAAGAUCUUAGAGAACUACCUUUGGCUACGAUGCUUAGUUCAAUUAAGAAUGUAUUGCAUAGUGGUUUUAUGGACGAAAUAGAGAUAGCAAUUGAUCUGUUCCUAUCUCAUAUAGACACAGAUAUAUUGUUAUCUGUUGAUCCAAUUAGUAUGAUUGAAUACAAAGUAACGGAUGAAAAUCAACAGUUUAUUGUGAAGUUAAACGUCGGAUAUUAUAGCUGCCGAGUAUGGGAUGUUGAAGAAAUUCCUUGUUCGCAUGCUCUUGCUAUUCUAUGA